AUGGAUUUGCCAAAGGGACUUGUCAAAGACGACAGGCGGAUAUAUGAAGAUGUUGCAGCACUCACGCAGCCUCUCCCGCCGGAUUUCAUCAUACGAAUGUGGCGUCUCUACACCACAACAAACCUCAAGCUUGUUGAUCCCACCGCACGCCGCUUGGAAAAUCUGUGGUGGCAUGUCAUGGGCAGCGACAGGAGUAAAUUGAAAGCCGCGACCGUCGCCAAGAUAUGGGAACACAUUUCCUACGGCCCAACCUUUGUACCUCUCAGAGGCUCACCGAACCGUUGGGAGGGGCCUUCGACACCUCGUUUCAACAGCCAGCAUGAAUCUGACCCGGUCCUCAGCGCUCAGCAAAUGAACCAGGAUAUUAAGAUGAUAUCUGAACAGUCAGCUCUCAAGGAGUUAUCUGCUUCGUCAUCUCGACCUCCGCCACCACACCCAAUUCUCAAGAAACAUAGGGGUGACUCGAAAUCUGGCCCUCGUCCGACGGCUCGAUUUGUGUCGCCUCAGGAGUCUGCCGAUGAAGACUACCAAACCAGCGAUGAGACGUCGUCGGGAAGCACAGGAGCCAGUGGAUUGGAGAUGCGCGCUUCAUCGGCUGCGUCACCGGCGAAAUCGAGCAAGAAGAAACCCUCGACACCAACGAAACGAUUCGUUGCGUCAGUGGCGAGCAAGAGAAGACCAGUUUUGCCGAGGAGAAUGAGCUCGCAGUCGUCAACGGGCUCCGACAUUGGGAUCAAGGAGACUGGCUCUGCUAACGGAGGCAAACAUGUGGGAACUUACAACGUGAUGCAUCCUCAUGCUGAGGAAAGUGCUAUCCUCAGCGUAUCCGGCUCCGAGGGCGUCGAACCGCCGCCUCUUAGCGCCAAAGCGCUGGGAAAACGACCAGUCGAACGACCCUUUUCGGAGUCACCGAGAUCGUUGAGUAUUUCCCGAAUCGCUGAAGAUCGGCGGAAACCGGUUCUCGUGCAAACGGCAAAUCGAGCGCCGGCUCCAGAGCCGUUGAGCAAAUCUGUCACCGACCGGUCGAGCCGCGAAGUUGGCCAGGCCAAAGCUGAUGGCCCCAGGACGCCUACAUACAUACCAGCUGCGUCGCCCGCGCUCUCAUCGCCAAAAAUCGGAUCCUUUUCAUCGGCACGUUCCGGGUUUUCGGCGCCGCGUAUGGAGCGGGCACCUUCAAAUUCCGAGCCCCAUCGACCAAGGGAGGCCAGCAUUGGUCGAGGUUCUGCGCAGGGGCUACUGUCGAGCGCUACAGCGAGCACGUCCAAUAUCGCAGCCAUGGGCCAGGUCUCGAUAUCUGGUGAGCCGGAUCGACGCGCUCUGGAAACCCUGGAAAGUUUCCAGGACGAAGCUGGGCCCAGGGGCAACCCCCGGCGAAUUUCUUCAUCAUCACACUUUGCGCCGACGAUGCCGAGCUCUACUCCCAAUGUACCAUUAGCGAGAACAAGAAGCCAGCUGACGCUACUGCUGGAGCGCGAGAAAGAGCGCAUCGGAGACAGGCCAAGAUAUAGGUCGUGA